AUGAAAUUAGUGUCGUUUUUAAUGAAAUUAACUAAUGAAAAUGUUACGAUUGAAUUAAAAAAUGGAACAUUAAUAACAGGUGUUAUAACUGGAGUGGAUAUAAAAAUGAAUACUCAUAUGAAAAAUGUUAAAGUUGUAAUUAAACAUAAAAACAUUGGUGAAUAUAAUGUUAAUAAUAAACAGUUUUUAUCAUUAGAACAUGUAACUAUUAGGGGUAACAAUAUAAGAUAUUUUAUUUUAUCAGAUAGCUUGCCUCUUGAUACUUUAUUGGUUGAUGAUACGCCAAAGCAAAAAGUUUCAAAAGAUAAAUCUUUUUCAAAUAAAGAAAGAAAUAAAGGAAAAGGAAGAGGUAGAAAAAUUUCUAAAAGAUAA